CCUCAGCUGCCUGUUUACGGCAUCUGCCUCUCCGGUGGACGAAGGAGGAGGAGAAGAAGAAGUUGCCAGCAUGGCGUUUACACUGUACUCUCUCAUUCAGACUGCUAUUCUGUGCACUAAUGCCAUCGCUGUGUUGCACGAGGAGAGGUUUCUCAGCAAAAUCGGCUGGGGUGUUGACCAAGGAGUUGGAGGUUUUGGGGAUGAUCCAGGAGUCAAAGCCCAGGUUCUCAAUCUCAUCCGCUCAGUACGGACUGUCAUGAGAGUGCCUUUAAUAAUAGUGAAUACGGCCUGCAUCGUCCUGUUGUUACUGUUUGGUUGACAGCAGUACACCGAGAGCCAAAAUGAAGCCAGAGGACCAGACGUGCCAAGGAACAAACAUACACACACAGAAAUAUCUGUCAUUCAGAGACUUCUGCCUUUAUCAGUCAUCAGCAGGGUGGAAAAGUUUUCCCAUGGGGCUGGUGUGGGAAUAGAGAAACAUUCAAAUCAACUGGCAGACCUUCACAUCCAAAGAGUAGAAGAAUUGAUGCAUCUCCUGGUUGAAAAUAUGGCUGCUGUGGCCUUUCUAACCUGCUCGCCAGUGUGACAGCAAAAGGACAAUUUUCUAGUCAUACAAAACGUUUUCUUUUGCGCUGCAGAGGGUGUCUGUCCUCGCUUUCAUCACAUGUUAUUCAGGACACAGUGAGAGGAAUGCGUUUCAAUGAUUUGUGUCAUAUGUUUUAGCAUAUUUUCACAAAUGAGAAACUUAUAGCAGUAGCGCUGGGAAAUAUGUAAAUAUUUGUUAUGUGUUAUUACAUUUGUAUCCAGGGCUAUAGGUAUACCUUUUUUGCUCCACACGAUUGUCAUUCUUCAUUAUCUUUUCCUAUUGACGUGUAAAAAUGCUCUUUGACUUAUCCCUCUGGAAGAAUUUGGUUAAAUGUGUGUAAUUAAAAUGUAAGCUAUGUCGCCAAACACAACUCUUAACAAAUGUAACUUUGUACCGUUUACACAUCAAUACCCUCUCAGAGUCACAGGCAUCAUUGUGACAGUGUUGAGGUGGUUUGUUGUCUUGAAAUAAAUGUAUUAGUCAUUUUAAUGACA